CACAAUGAGCCGUGCUUUCUUCAUAGUAGUUGUAAUACUCGGUCUGUUUUAUGCGGAUGGGUUAAAGAUCGCGGAGGGGCCAGCGUUGGAGACCACGGGAGGGCGCACGUUGGAGACCACGGGAGGGCGCACGUUGGAGACCACGGAUGAGCGCACGUUGGAGACCACAAGUGAGUCCUUGGAGGGGUUCACGGAGACGUCCAUGAAAGGCCCGGCUUGCCUUCCUUGUUCACAGGUCGAGUGCAAGGUCCUAGAUUGCCCUCUAUGCAGCCACAUCAAAGACCUCUGUGGUUGUUGUGAUAUUUGUGGUCGGACACUCGGGGAGCCUUGCUCCGGAUUAUACCGGUGCACGGAUGACUUAUGGUGCAUACAUGUGGAUGGAGACAGAGCAACUGCAAGACGUCAACUUGAAUGGCAUGAUUGGUACACAGGCGUGUGUGGAGCUCUGGAGACAUAACACAGAGGGCUACCAAGGCAUCUUCUUGAGAUUGAUCGCCUUUUCAACUCAUGAAUAAACAAACAUCCUCAAACAAAA